CGUGCCUUUGUUAUGCUCUUCUCUUCUAUCCUUCUCUUCCGUCUUCUUCCUGUGUUUCGUCUUAGCCUUGCCGACACAUCCUCUUCCCCUUGCCCUAAUCCCUCUCUGAUUUGAGGAGCUUCGGUGUUCGUUGAUGGGGAAAUGGGCGACACGCCCGUGCCGUCUUCUGGAUUUGGUCAUACGCUUUGUUUCCCCGGUGGAAAAUGGAAGAUGAUAUUUUUGAAAUAUUUGGAGGUGUUCUAAGUGGCUCUUCGUAAAUUAUAACGAGAAUGUGGGGGCUUCUGUUUGGAUUAGGGCCGUGACGGAUAAGGGAAAAGGAAACUUCUAUAUUGAUUGUGUUUAUCAUGGAUAGACAAAUAUCAGUAGAUAGAGAUGUUUUGGUGGAUUUGGAAAGUGGCAUGAAUACGAUGAUAAACCAACAAGAGGAAGCAAAAGAUGUGGGCUGCGGCGCAGGGCAGGGGAGAAGAGUGUUGGAUAAGGAAUGGAGUGGCUUUCUGGGCAUUGAUGGAUUCAUGAAACAUGAAGAAGCUGUGAAAUUGGAAAAUGGUAUGCCUGGUUGUGCUGAGCUUCCUAUCAGGAAUGCAGAAGCUUCAGCGGACAAGAGGGAUGGAGGAGAGGAAUGGGUGAGGCUUCUGGAGGAGAAGGUGGGAGCGGAGAAAAUGAAAAAGAAAGGCUGCAAAAAGCAUCCGAAACCACCCCGGCCUCCCAGGUCUCCAUCGUUGGAUGCUGCUGAUCAGAAGCUGAUAAGGGAGAUUUCUGAGCUUUCCAUGAUGAAGCGGGCAAGGAUUGAGCAGAUGAAAAAGAAGAUGAGGAACACAAAGUCGACAUCUUCUACAGGCAACUUCUUUGCCUUGAUUGUUACCAUUCUUUUCUGCCUUGUUAUAAUCUGGCAAGAAAAGGAAUGUUUCAAGUAACCCUCUGCUAGGUAUAAGAAAGUCUUGUUAAUUCUGCUUGAUGCUAGUUCAUACAAAUCAAGAUGCUUGCAGAUGUUGCUAGUACACCCAAUAUUGAUGCUGCCAUAAUCAAAGUCAAAAACCUCACCAGAAUAGCAUGCCUUAUCUGAGAACAGUAAUAAGAAACAACUGAUCAUCUUGUUCCUUUUUCUUUAAAAGUUUAACUUUGUAUUGUUGAAGGUUGAUUUAUGAGACAAAGACUGACAAGAAUCAUGACAAAAGUUGUGUUAGAAUGACAAUUUUGAAUUAAUAUCAAUUUAAGAAUUUGAAACAAUUGGUCAUCUCAGUUGUCUUUUCAUCUGCGUUAGAAUAACAUGUUUAAAAUGGUGUAAUCAUCUCCCUGUUUACAUCACCAAUUCUUGUAUCUAAAUAUUUCACUAUGUAAAUUACAAUGACUGCAACUUUCAUGUGUAUGCAUGGCUCUUUAGUUAUCCUGCUUUUAAGCCAAUAGUUUUCUGGAAAAUGGCUUAUGAUGAACUGCCGAAUCUGUUGUCAUGCUUUAUACAUGACUCCAAUGUUAGGAUUGAUAUACAAAUAUGGUGUCAAUGCUCAGUUUUAUUCUGUUUACAAUACCUAGCCCCAAAUUAUGGCUGACAACUGAUUCAGAGUGCUUAAAAAUGGGUUUUCAUCAGCUUCGUAUUAUAGUUGAUGAAGCUUAGCACUUAGAGAAGUCCAAACAUAAUUCAACCUGAUGUGGUAUAUACUAUAUAAUGUACACCAUUUGUAACAUCCAUGUUUAGUCCCACAUCGGAAGUGAGCAAGAUUAAGAUUGACUUAUAAGGGUCUGAUGAGUGUACUACUAUCAACUUCAGUUUAAGCAUUUUGGACAGUGGUUUAGACCAAACGAAGUUAAUAGGCUAGUUAGCUCAUCAGGCUCAGGCCAUGACAUUUGGUAUUAGAGCCGGCCUAGUAUUUGGGCAUUGUGAGGGGGCUCAAGUAGGAAAGGAUUAUCCGUGGAUGAAGUCAGAGGACUCGUCAUGGCGUGGAGCCACCAUUGAGCUACGCUUCACAUGCACUAUGUUAGAGUUUGAUAUGGGUUAUGCUGAGCCUUGACGAGGACAGUGGUUUAGACCAAACGAAGUUAAUAGGCCAAUUAGCCCAUCAGACCCGGGUCACGACACCAUCUCUAUAUUUUUUUCCUUGUGCAACUGUCAUUUAUUGAUUAUGAUAUUUAUAUGGAUCUUUUUUUUUUCUUUUUCGAGCAUGUUAAGAUUCAAUUGUGUUUGAUUUGAUCGUAUAUAAACGUAAACUGUAUCUGGUUUAUUUUAAGUGUUUAAGGGCACUAAACUGCUUAUUAAUUAAUAUUAUAUAUAAAGUAUUUAUAUCAAUCUCUGAUUUGAGUUUUAGUUAAUGUUCAAUUAAGCUUAAUUUUGGUGUAUUCUGAUGUAAGCUGAAACAAAUUUGGUCUGUUUUGACUUUCAGCUGUUUGUGUCCCUUUCUAUAUUAGUUUUUUCACUUGUGGUUUGUUGUAUAGCAAUAAGCAUCAAAGGAAAAUAUAGUUUCUCCAGGUUCGGAUUGUCCUAUCAGCCUAUUUACAUCUACAUAAUGAUAAAAAUUCCAUCCUGUGCACUGUGAAUCAUGAACACUCACUUCUAAGGUAAAGUUAGCAAUAUUUGUUAUUAAUCACUAUUCGUAGUUUUUUGUAUAUAAACUUGGAGAAGUUGUGCGAUAACUUCUUCAGUUGCAGAAGUUUAUAAUGAAAACAUUUUGGGAAUCUAUCUGUUCAAGAUUUGGUUCCAGAUUCUGCUGGAAUUGUACUCUUGGACAAGCUUCCAGCACAUUGGGGUUAUUCUCUUCUAAUUUAAUCAUUAAAUAACUGAUCAGAAAUCAUGAUUAUAAGUGUUGACAUCUGUGGGACAAUGAAAAAUAUUUCACUAGUUUGUUUUCAUGGCACCUAAAUUGUCCUCUAAGGUGCUGAUUUAUUAGUUGCAAUCAGGCAUGUCUUCGAACUCUCUAGUAAUACAGCUGCUGUUGCAAGUUAUGAUGUAAUUACAUCCUGGAAGUUAAUAUCUAACUGAUCAAGUUUCUCAGUUUCAUACUUUUUGUGGUU